UACCUGGAUCACAAAGUGACUUGCAGCCUACCUAAUCCAAGACUUUCUCUCUUCACAAAAUAUUAAGAAUCACUAUUGGCACCACAACAAAGAGAGAAGGAACAUGGGGUUUGAAGUUUCAGACUCUGAGAGGGUGCGUGAACUCAAAAGGUUUGAUGACACAAAAGCCGGUGUUAAAGGCCUUGUUGAUCAUGGGAUCACAAAAAUCCCAAGAUUAUUUCAUCAUCCACCUGAUGAACAUGUGAAGGUCUCAACUUCAGGCAGCACAGCACAAAGUAUCCCUGUUAUAGACCUUGCACAAGUUCACAAGGAUCCAAGUUUACGCCAAGAUGUUAUUCACAGAAUAAGGGAAGCAUCUGAGAAAUGGGGUUUCUUUCAAGUGGUCAACCAUGGCAUUCCUUUGACUGUUCUGGAGGACCUGGAAGAUGGGGUACGCAGGUUUUAUGAACAAGAUAUUGAGGUGAAAAAGGAUCUAUAUACCCGGGACCAUAUGAGACCUUUUGUGUAUAAUAGCAAUUUUGAUAUCUACACUUCACCAGCACUCAAUUGGAGGGACACUUUUCUGUGUUAUCUAGCUCCUAAUCCUCCCAAACCGCAGGACUUGCCAGAAGUAUGCAGGGAUAUACUUCUGGAAUAUGGAACACAUGUGAUGAAACUUGGAAUUGCACUGUUUGAAUUACUAUCAGAAGCUCUAGGGCUGGAUAAAAACCAUUUAAAAGACAUGGGUUGUGCUGAGGGGCUUCUUUCACUCUGCCACUACUACCCUGCUUGCCCCGAACCAGAAUUAACUUUGGGAACCACCAAGCAUUCUGAUAAUUGUUUCCUCACAGUACUUCUGCAAGAUCAUAUUGGUGGUCUUCAGGUUCUUUUUCAGAACACAUGGAUUGAUGUAGCCCCAGAACCUGGGGCUCUUGUAGUUAAUAUUGGUGAUUUUCUCCAGGUUUUGACAAAUGACAGAUUCAACAGUGUAGAACACAGAGUACUGGCAAAUCUCAUAGGUCCAAGAAUAUCUGUUGCAUGCUUUUUCAGCGAAGGUAUUAAAUCAUCAGAGAAACUCUACGGACCUAUAAAAGAGUUAUUAUCAGAAGACAAUCCUCCCAAAUACAGAGAAUUCACAGUUAAGGAAUAUGUGCGCUACUACAUGGAUAAAGGCCUUGAUGGGAUCUCUGCUCUUCAUCACUUCAGGAUUUGAGUUGGAUUGAUGUGGUUGAAUUACCACAAUAGAUGCAUUAGAAAUUCAAACAUUUAUCAAGCUCAAUAUGAUUAUUAUCGUAUUCUCGGACUGAAAUAUUGUAGUGUCACUUGUCUUGUUAUUUUGGAACUUGCUGUUUGGAAAUAUAACCGUUCAUGUUCUACGUUGCAA